AUGGAAUCCAGAGAGCAACAGCUGGAACGCACUAAACAGAAGCUACAGCGCUUCAGGAAUUCACGAGCCCCUGGAGCAUACUCGGUUCAUUCGGCUAUUUCGUCGUCAUCUACAGUUCAUGGUCAGCCAUUGAGUGGACUGGGUCUUGUGUCCAAGUCUAGCAAUGGAUCCCUUAAACGCACUGAUGCACAUUCGGUUACUUCAGACAUCGAAGUGCAGCCUGCAUCUAGUAUAGCAUCAUCAUCUGAAAUGUCAGACACUAGACGUCAAAUUAUGAAUCUACCAUCCACUGUAUCACUCAAGUCAUUGAGUCGUCAGACAUCUCGUUCUCAGCUGAGAACGGAUCUAGACCAUGAUUUUACAUCUAAUUAUUCUGAAUGUGAAUCAAAAAUAUCAGCUACUUCCAUGGUUGGUAUCGACUUGGAAACUGAUCCUAAUUUAGCAGAAAUUGACAGACUUGUCUUGUAUGACGGUGCCAAUGAUUCUAUCAGCUUAUCGAUUACUUCAAAUGCUAGGUCUUCAAGUAUCAGGGCAGAUUCUCCAUCAACCCAAUCAGUAAUGAAAUCAAAGCAAGAUAUAUUGGUUAGAUCUGCUUCUGUUUCUGGUCGUCGUGACUCGAUCCAAAGCAGUAUUCAUGAAUCUCAACGUCUACAUUCACAAGAAGAGCAGCUUCAAAAAAUUCAUGGUCAGUAUAUAUCACGUAUUGAGAAGCUUGAGGCCGAGCUAGACGAGUAUCGAAGCAAAUAUGACACUGAGCUGAAUACCCUUGGCAGGCAUAACCAUAAUUUAAAGGCUGCUUUACAAACUGCCGAGAUUAGAUCUGCUGAACUCGAUAUGCAAUUUGAACGUGACUAUGGCGAGGUGGAGGAAAAUCGUAUGCGCACACGUCUGCUUGAAGAGGAUAAUGCAAUGUUGAAUCAACAACGUGAGAUGCUUGAGAUGCAACUUGAAAACGCUCUUUCUGUAAAUAAGCCCAUAUCAUCUUUGGUCCCGGAUAAUAAUUUAUCAGAAGUAGAGUUGUUGCAAAAUCAGCUAUUGGAGUAUCAGUCAAUGACAGAAACACUAAAACAAGGAGCACACGAAGCACAUCUUCAGAUUACUGAAUUGAUAAGCGCCAAACACGUACUGGAGGAAACAGUAGAGUCGUUGAAAGGUGAUUUUGAUCUGAUGCCACACGUUGAUUCAGAUUCUCUCGACACUUGUUCUAAAGAAGUUGUGCAGCUGCAAGACAUUAUUACCAAGCAUAAAGAACAUGUAACUUUGCUCAAGGAUCAAAUUGCUGAUCUUGAAACUUGCUUGUUGAACAAAACCAACAGUCACAGAGAACUUGAACUAGAGAUUGAAAGACUGACAAGUUUGUUGGCCGAAAGUACAGAAGCGCUGAAACAGGUCGAGGCUCGUCUUGUUGAAGUCGAGUCCAACUCUCUUUUAACCAUUGAUGGAUUUAUGCAGCAGAUUUCUAGUUUACAAACGGAACUUGCAGCCAUAAAGACUCUUGUUCAUCCCUCAGCAUCCACUAAUGUAGAGUCUGGCAUUAUUGGGGAAUUUUUUAAUUGCCUCGAUGAAACUACCGGUGCCAAAGAUGAGAUUUCGCAAUUGCAGGCGCAGCUUCACGAUGCAUUGCUUGGACAAAAAGAUUUUUCUGACAGACUGGAAGCUGCCAAUGAACAGCGCGCUUUACUUCAAAUCCAACUUGAUGGUAUGAAUCUUGAUCUUUCACACUCGGGUGCCGACUUUUCUUCACAGACACAACAACUUCAUGAAAAAAUUGAAGAGUUAUCUGCCGAAAACUCGCGAUUGCAAUCAGAGAUUGAUGCUUUGUAUUCCAAAACUACUACCGAGUCUACAAAUGCAAUUGCAGAUUCAUCUGACGUCGAGCAGUAUCGUAUGCUAACCGAACACAUGUCUCAGCUGGUAGAAACCACUGCAACAUCGGAGCAAGAGCAUUUACUCAAAAUCGAAAAUUUACAAAAUACGAUCGAGUGGGUUCAAGAAGAAAAACAAACUCUAACUGCCGAUUUUGAGCAGCAAAUUCAGGUGCUUCAAUGUGAACUUUCUACCAUCUCUGCCGAACGUGAUGCAUUGAUUGCUAAUGCAAAGCAUACCAAUACUUCUUAUGGCAAUACUGCUAUUGAUAAGGAUGAGUCCUUUGCGCGUGCUAUGGAAUUGGAGUUGGAAGUCGAGACAUUAAAGACUGAUUUGCAAUCUGUUCGUGACGAAAAUGACACAUUAAAACGCCUGUCACAGAAACACAACACAGCGACUACAUCUUCCAAAACAAUACAACUUUCUCCCAUGACUAAACUUGCUGAAGUUACUCAGCCAGAUAUCCUGUCGGCUCAAGACACAGAUGGGUGGGAUGAGUUUCCUUUACUUUCUCCUGAAGUUGAUGACUUGAAAGUCAUAAUUGACGAUUUAAAAACACAACUGCAGACUAUAACUAUCGAACGCGAUCAUCUUGCUUCAUGUACAAUAACCACUGGAUCAGCAUCCUCAUCUGGUGCUUACGAUAUGAGUAGUCUUCAAAAUGAGUUGAUUGCCAUUACAACUGAGUCGGAUAAUCUUAAAUCUAAAGCAAAUGCUGCUCGUCUUGAACUAGAAACUUUUCGCAAACAGUCAAUUGAUGAUCAAGAGCAGCUGGUUGACACAAUGCGUAAUCUGACCGAGCGUAACAGCGAGUAUCAGAUUUUACUGGCAGAGCUGCAAGCCAAAAACGAUGCAUUAUUAAAGCGUACUAGUACACUGGACACGUUGGACGCUAGUGUUUUGACUGAUUUCAGCCCCGAUUUCGAACAGCUAUCUGAAGCAUUGAAAAAAAUAACAGAGUUGGAAGCUAAAAUUGCUAGUAUGGAGGCAGACUAUUCUGAUACUCUUGUACAGUGUGAUGAUAAAAUUCAACAACUGCAGGAUCAACUCUGUGCUGCUCAGUCUAAAGUUGUAGAGUCGGCUACAGAAUUGGCGAAUAGCUCUGAUUUGAUCAACGAAAAGAAAACCUCUGACGCGCAGCUUGCAGAUAUAGAAGUGCGUUUGGCAGAUCAAACAGUUUUUGCAGAAAAAUUGACUCAAAAAAUUGUAGAAAUGCAGGACGAGCUUAAUUAUCUUCAAGAUGAAAAGCACUAUUUUGAAGAGCGCUGUGAUGAGCUCCAGUCAAUUAUUGAAUCCAACAACGUCAAAUUUGAAAAUGAGUUGGCUAAACUUGAAGCUGCUCAUUCCAAUACAUCAAAUCAGCUGGACGAGGUGGGAAUUGAGCGUAAAUCGGAGAAUGAAUCCACUGCUCUACAUAUCGAGACUAUAAAUAUGCAGCUCAGUUCAUUGAAACAGGAGCGUGAUCAAUUAGCUGCUUUGCUUGAGCAAGCCCAAAAGGAUGCUCUGGCUUCCCGCAGCGAGCUGGACGACGCUAUACAUGCGUCUCAAUCAUCUAGCGCUCUAAGCGAAGAAGUUGAGCGUUUGAAAGAGUAUAUUUUAGUGUUGGAAGAUAAAAUUGCAACUUUGGAAAAUGAGCUGGACAUUAUGCGUACAUCCAGUCAGCAAUGGGAGGACUAUGCAGCAACAUCGCUUGAAGAAACCAACGAGCUGCAUGCACAAGAGCUUGCAUGUCGUGACGAAAAUGAAAGUGCUCUUACACACAAAAUUGAGCAUCUUUCUGCUCAACUUUUGCAAGCUCAACAGUCUUUUUCUAACACGGAGGAUCUAGUCAGCGCUAACGAGGAUUUGACUAGUAAAAACAAUACCCUUGAAACGACCCUUGAAGAUUUACGACAUGCCACCGAACUAGAGGUUUUGUCUUUAACCGAUAAGCUGCGUGAUGUAAAUGUCAAGUUUAUCGAGGCUCAAGACCAAAGUUCAAAAAUGGAAUCACAGCUUAAGGAGACGUCGAGUCGAUAUGACGAACUAGCCCAUACGCAUGAUCAAAUUAAAUUUGAAAAAGAAGCAUUUGAGCGUGAUGUACUUUCUCUAAAAGAAAAUAUUAAGCAACUAGAAGCUUCAAUAUCCAAUAAUGAAUCUCGCACUUCUCAUAUUUCUCAAGAAGCAGAGGCACUGAAGCAUAAUUAUGAAAAUAUAGUUGCUAUUCGAGACGAUUUGCAACUUCAACUUGAAGCCGCUGAUUUGCGCAGCCAGAAUCUUGAACAACAGAAUAUGGAGCAUAGGUCACAUAUAGAGUCUAUUUGUACUAGUCAAGAGGCAUUGAUUGCUGAACGUGACACGCUUACUCAGCAGAUACAACAAUUGUCGCAGUCCCUUGAUGCCGCCAAAUUGGAUAUUGUUCGUUUGAAUGAUUUUUGUGCAAAUGUUGAAAGUGAUAAGAGUGCUUUUGGUGAUGUUCAGCAGAGACUGGAUGAGCAUGUGCUGCUAGUGCAGCAAUUACAAGCCGACAAAGAAACACUUGUCAACACACUUGAUGAAAUGCGUGCAUCGCAGGAUCAGCUGCAUGUCGAUCUUGAUGCUCUUAAAACUCAAAAGAACGAACUAGAUAUUACUUGUGCUGAAAAUGAUCAGUACGUUAGCGAAUUGACUUUGCAGAUACAAGAUGCUCAGCAAGCUGUAAACGAAUGGCAGGCUUAUGCUCAAACUUUUGAAACUGAAAAGUCUGAAUGGGAGUCUCGACGCAUUGAAUUUGAGGAUCGUCUUGCCAAUAUCUCCAAUGAGCGUAGUAGCGAAAUGGAUAUAAUUAUUCAGGAAUUGGAUCAGGUUAAAAAUGAAAAGGAGCAGCUCAUGGCUGUUCACAAUGAGCAGUCACAUGAACUUGCUACAUUGGCUCAUGAGCACUCUAAUCUGAGCAAGCGUAUGGCUGAAAUUGAACUUGAGCGCUCCGAGAUGGAAUACGAAAUUCAAAACAUGCAUAAAAGUACGGAUGCUUCAAAGGCUACUCAGAUUGAACUUGAAAAACUUCAAGAAGAAAGCAGACAACUCCGGUUUAGUAUGGAGCAGUCUGAGCAACACUAUCAACAGCAACUCGAGAAAAAUGCUUUUGACUUUGAUUCUUUGCAAGAACGUAUUAUGCAGUUGACACAGGAGCAAGCUGAGCUUCAGCAAGAAAAAAAUGCUCUUCAAGAGGAGUUGAACGUGUUAUUAGAAUCUCAAACCAAAUCAAGAGAGAUGGAAGAACAUUAUCAUGAGCUCAAGCUAACCAACGCGCAAAUCCAGCAAGAAUAUCAACAAGUACUGCUACAGUUGCAAACUACAGAUUCUCAGCUUACCCGAUUUUCAGAGCUUGAGCAACAACUUGCUACCAAAACCGAAGAAAUUGAUCAUUCUUCAAAAGAAAUAAGCCAGCUAUCACAGGAAUUGGAGCUAUGCAAACUCGACCACCUCAAUGCUGUGAAAUCGCUUGCUGAGCGCGAUCACGAGCUGUUUGCUGUUCAGGAAAAAUAUGUUCAGAUGGAGCAUAGUUUAGAACAGGCUCAAUCGCAUAAAAAAGCUGAAGUGUCUGACCUUCAAUAUCAACUUUCUCAAUUGUCUGCCAAGGUGCCUGAGCUUGAAUCUCAUGUUACAUAUUACUUGGAGAAAAUCGCUUUGAUGGAAGAUGCUGCUCACGCCAGUAAUGAAAAGUUGCAACUUGCACAGGAGCAAUAUGCUGCACUUGAAAAGGAACUAUAUGAUUGUAAACAUGAGCUUCAUGACAAUCAUGAAGCUCAUUGCGUUGAGAUGGAUGCAUUGAAAGCUAGUCACGAAGACCACAAAAUAUCAUUGAAUGCCAAUUACGAUGAAAUAUAUUCUCAGUUGACAUAUCAAGCUAACGAGGUACAACGAUUGACUAUGCUGUUAGAGGAAGCUCAACACAACGUUGCGAUGGCUCAAGAACAGCAUCGUGAUGUCGAGUCUGAGCUGUUAUCUAUUAAACAUGUGCAUUCUGAGGCUAUCGGGCAGCUAAAUACAAACCUAAGUGACCAAGUUGCUGAAUUUUCUACUUUAACAGCCAAGGCCCAGCAAUUAGAAGCUGAAAAUACUUUGUUGAAGCAAAGUGUUGAAAAGUAUGUUCAAGAAAUCACUCAGCUUCAAGACAGCGUGACUAAAGUGCAAGAUGCGUAUGAUCUCGUCAAGAAAAAUCUGGGCGAGACUGAGCUACGCUUAUCCGAGUUGAAAGCAGCCAAUUUGUUGUCUAUUGACAAAUCGACCAAUGCUGACAUACAGACAAAACAAUUACAGCAGAAUAUAGAUGAUUUGACUAAAAAACUUGCUGAUGCUAAACAAUCCAAGUCUGAGGUUGUUGUCAAGUUGGAGGAAAUGAACGAUAUCCUUUUACGCAAGGAUGGCCAGUUGGAAACUGCCCAGGCAGCCACUGCUGCUGUUAAUGCACAAUUGGCUUCGUUGCUACAACAACAUAAAAUUGAUUUGGAAAUGCAUCGCAGCAAUUGUGUUCAAUCCGACACCUCUGAGCAACUACGAUACAAGGCACUCGAGGCCGAGCUUGCGGACACCAAGAAUGUUCUUGCAAUCACUCAAAACAAACUGCUUUUAGCUCGUCCUUUUACAAAUCCUGAACAAGCACUUGCCGAUGGAAUCACCAAUUUGUCAAUGACUGGCAUGCAUGAUCGAGGUAAUUUUUCAUCUGCCGAGCUUCAAAGUUUGCGUGCUGAGAUGGCACAGCUAACCAGUGAAAAACAAGCUCUUAUCUCUGCGUUAGAUGCCAGAUCUGAGCAUCACGGUACAAAACAUACUUCCGCGGCCGUGGAAGUGAUUCGACUACAAACGGUGGUUGCUGAAUUACAAGGAAAACUUGCAGAGAGUGAUCACUUAUUGAGUGCAUUGCAACCCGCUCUUGACGAGUUGGAUAGCAAAAACAGGGAGGUUGAAAAGCUAUCACAUCUUGUUCGGUCGUUGGGUGUCAAAAUGGAUGCUAACGGUACUGCUUUGGUUCUUAUGCAAGAUGAAAGUCCUAAAAUUCCUGCAGGUAUGCGACAGGUGUCCAUUGCCGACCACGCUCUUCUUGAAGCAAAAGCGUGUAAUGUUGAUCAAUCCAUGAAUCAACUGGAAAGUGCACUUGCAUUGAUUGAAGAAAAUGAUGGCGAAAUCAAGACAUUACGAAAUACGAUUGAAGAGCUACUGAAUAAUAGCUUUGCUGGUAUGUCAGAGACGCCAGAUGGUCCCGAUUUAAAGCUUCUUCAAAGACAAAUUGAUGAGCUGCGCAAGCUAUGGUCGCAUGAGUUGUCAGCAAACUCUAUUCUUCGCAACUUGAUUGCAAAAGCACAAGCCGAUGCACAUCAGUAUCAACAAGAAUCUCAGUGCAAAAUAGCUUCUAUGAAAGAAGAGUUUGACGAGUUGGCUCAUGUUUGUGAAAUUGCACAGCGUGAUAUAGAUGUGGUUCAGCACGAGGCAAAAACCCACGAAUUGAAUGCUCGGUCAAUUGAAAAGCAAUUUGAGGAUCGUCUCAAUACGCAGUACUUUGAGCACCAUAAUCAGAUUGCUGUUCAAGAUGAACUUCAUACUAAAGAGCGUGCUGCUUUGAACAAGCUGGUGGGGUCGCUUGAAGCUGAGCGUGACCGUCUUGUUUCAGAACUUGCUCGCCUAAAGUCUCGUCAGCAAUCGCACUCGACAGAUUCAGUUCGUGAUAGCGACUUUUUUAAACAAAGAUUGGCUGAAAAAGAGGCUAUGCUGUUAGAAGCCGAAUCCAAUCUUCGCCAAGUCGAAAUCAAAGUGCGUGACGCCGAGUUUCAUAUUCGAGACUGUGAGGCUAACAUUAAAAAAAUGGAUCAAGUGCAUAAGGAUGUUGUUGCUGAUUUGGACUCACGUCUUCAGCAUUUGAAUCUACAUUCACAGCUUCUAGAGACAAAACUCAAGGACUCUGAGUUUGCACUUGCCAAAGCUUUGGCAGAUGCAGCUCGUGCAUCACAGGAAGCUGCCUAUUUUUCCGACCGAUACCGAUCGAUGGAGGAUACAUACAAACAGGUUCCUGGAACUCAUCAUUUGCAACGAACCCAAGAGGAUCACGAGUCGCAUCGCCAUGCUUGGCUAUCCGAGCGAGCACAGCUUGAGACUGAGCUGCGUAAAAAACACAUGGAAAUACUUGAUCGUGAUCAAAUUCUAAUGGAGGAGCGUCAGCGUAUGCGUGCCAUUGCGGAUGAAGAGAUUCGUAGUGCUGUUGCUGCUGAACAGCGUCACUCUCGCGACCUUCUUAAUGCUCGCAUUGGUGAACUUCGAUCAAAAUAUGAUACUGCUUUAGAUGAGCUACGGGCACAGAAGCGAAAAGUUGAGGAGCAGCUAGAUGAUACGGAACAUAUGCUGUUUGAAGAAAGAGAUAGCUUGCAACGCCGUCUUUUUGAUACGGAGGAAAGAGAGCGUGUUCAGAGUGCUGAGGUUAUUAUUUUACAGGAGCGUUUAACUCGUAGAGAUAAAUUACAAUCAGACCGACAGACUACUGAGAGUUUGACUGAGCGAGCAGAAAAGUGGCAUUGCAAGUCACUGGAACUAGAGAUGCGCAUUACUCAGCUGGAGCAAGAAUUUGAUACUGAACGAAGGGAUCUUGAAAAGCGUCUAAAUGAUGCUGUUGUUCAAUCUCGGUUGGCUGACCAGCGGUUGACAGAUCGAGAUGUUUUGUGGACUAAUGAGCGGCGCGGAUUUGAGCAAGAAAUUGAUCGUGUUCGUCAGGAUGCAGCCAAGCUAGCUUCUCAACUUCGUGCUGAGGAUACCAAUGGAUUAUUAAAAUCACUUCAAGAGCAAAAAAAUGAGAUUGAAACGCUGUUGCGUGAUCGUGAGGCACGAUUAAUAGAUCUUGAGACUCGAUUACAAGAUCAAAUUGCUAGAAAUACAGAAACAACCGAGAAUUGGCAUCGAGUCGUGGCUCAGUCUCAAGUCAUGGAGUCCCGGCUCAUUGAGCGCGAUGCUCAGCUACGUGAAGCUCAAACAAAGGUACAUUCUCUCACUCUACAACUGAGCCAAUUUGAAAACAAGGAUAUUGUUUCUCCGAUUGUAUCUGAACAGCAUCAUAGUCAAAUGGAAGAGGCCAAACGCCAAGCCGACGCACAAAUCAAAUUUGAACGUGAACGUGCAAAGCGAUUGGCUCUUAAAAUUGAAGAUUUAAAGAACCGUAAUCAGCAACUUAAGCGACAAGUCGAAACUCAUAGUCAGCCUAUGCAGCUUAACUCACAAGCUGCUGCUGAAGAAAUUGAAAGUAUGAGGCAUGAAUUAUCCAACCUUAGGAUUUCUAAUGGCGAAGUGCUUGCCAUUUUGCGUGAGAUGCUCAUAAACACAAUUGGUCCUGGCGCCAUCGAUAUUCCUGAUUUAGAAGUAAACAAAAUUAGAUUGAAUCUUCCAAAGCUGCGCGAACAAUGUAGAUCGCUUGUUCAGGAGUUGGUGUAUGUGCGAGCUUUGGUAAACCGACUUGUUUUGUGGCGAGGAGAUCUAAGAUAUCAAAAGCUAUAUUUAUCUUUUAAAGUAGAUGAUCUACUCGAAAGUCAAAAAAUGUCGCUAUCCUAUCUUCAUGGGAUGGGCGUAAUAAUGGACAAGCCGGACUUUACAAAGAGUUUGACGCCACGUAGAAAGUUGAUCCGAUGUAUCAAUGCUGUUAUUGCUGUCCAUCGUAUCAAAAUAAUGGCAGCACGAUGGCAAACGUUUUUGGAAGGAAAUGGCAGCUUUAGUUUGGAUGAAUAUCAUGGGGCGGAAAUAGGCUAUAAUCAAACAGGUCUUGUUGCGGUAUCUACAAAGAACCAAUUUUCACGACAAUGGUCCUAUGGUGAACUGAGUUCUGAUGCACAAAACCAGCACGUGAAGGAUUUAGAGCGCAAUCUACAGCAGGCACGCAUGGGUCAGGCUGCAAUUGAGGAGCGUUUGAAUGAAGAGUUGUACGAAAAGCGAGCAAUUGAAAUGGAAAACGAACGACUAUUACGUGCCCUCAAAUAUGAUCGACAUAAUCUAUCACAUAUAUCUUCCCCAAUGCAUUUUAUUCAGGAUCGCAUGUCACCCGCUCCGCCUUCUGCCGCAGGCUCUGUUACAAACUCUCUGUAUCGUGAAGAACAGGGCCGUCAUUCACAACAUAUACCACAUGGCAUGAUGGACGAUCGCCAGUUCACCAGUCAGUUAAAUGGUUCGACGUAUCCCACUGAUCAACGUUGGUCUCAGCAGCCGACCCGAUUUCGAUGA